CAAGGGACAUGCCUCAUACCAACGCAAGAAAACUAUGAUGGCGACCCGCACACUUCCAUUGCUUCGUGCUCUGAGUCUGAGAACAAUUUUAGUUCGAGAAGUUAGACCUAAUAACAAUACUCACAGCGUUAGAAGUAAACAUGGGGCGUUAUCAUCGUGUGUUGUCAACUGUUCAACAGAUUCUGCAAUACAUUCAAAACACAGGGAAGUGAUUGAGACGGUUGAGGGUAAUUCAACAACAAUCGAGGCUGUGUACAAAGAUCCUCCUGAAAACCACCACACGAUUGACAACCCCCACAGGGCCUGUCCUAUUUGCAGCAGAAACCUCCGAGUAACUUACAAGGAUGUUUUGAUCUUGAGCCAGUUCAUCCGGCCGGAUGGAGGAAUGUUGCCGCGGAGAAUUACCGGCGUGUGCAAAAAACAGCAGAGGAACUUGGAGGAAUGUGUUCAAAGGGCCCAUCGGGCAGGUUUAUUACCUGAUCACCGACCUCCCAAAGAUGCUGGCCAAAUCCCCCCAGGUGUCACAUACCAGCGCAAGAUCAGGUUCAACCGAUUUUGACCAGACCGGAGUAACAGUGUGUGGUUGUACAUGUACAGUGAUGUGAGACAGUGUACAUUGAGAACAUAACGCUUGUAUACAUUAAAAAGUUCAGAUGUCAACUUCUGGCUUACAUAAUGGAUCCCAACAGCAUAUAUUUUAUGAAGCAACUGAAAGUUCAUCACUGAACUUGCUGAAACAUUGGUGAAAAAGUAGGGAAAACUUGUAUCAAUUAACUCAGGGCAGAUGGAUACUUUUGUGAGUUACACAUCUUGACAGAUUUUGGGGUUGCUGAAAAAAGGGUAUGGAAUUUGUGCCGAAACUACAGAUGGUGCCGAGUAUGGCCCACUCAGAAGAAUCAAGGAAGGACAUAUAGACAUCCACUACGUACAUUGUGCAUGUGGACGGCCCAUGGGGGGGGGGGGGAAGGGGUAUGGGAAGUGAGACACACCCCCUCCCACUCAGAAUUCAGUGCCCACUCAAUGGGUUUUUAAGAAAAUGGAAAUUGAACACCUGCUGUAUGCCACUGCAUGGGGAAUGUCACAUAUGCAUCAAAUUUUCAAUUGAAUGUGUACAAUUCCUUGGUAUUCUCAUACGAGAGGAAUGCACCUGAGCAAUGACACGACAGAAAUGGUGCCCUUCAAAUUUUUUUUGCAUUUUUAGUACCAAAUGUUUAGUUAUACACAUACUCCACAGCCUGAAAGUUUUGAAAAAAAGCAAGUUCCUCCCAUCUUUGUAUUUGCUGUUAAUUUCCUGGUAUAUCUCAGAACUGUAAAGUUGCAGUCAGAAUUCUGCUCAGCUUUAAUGAGCAUUCGUAGUGAGUAUUCAUAAAGACAUGAUAUACGCUGCCCCAACCUCUUUGCAUCUUUCCAUUUUAGAGUUUAUAGAAAAUGCACCCUAUAAAAUAAAACGGAAAACUUGUAGCUAAUAUCUUUGGUUUUUUGUGUGACAUAUUUUACUUGCAUGUUUAAAGUGUGUGUAAAUCAGUUUGCUCUUAUUUGUACGUCUCACAUUGACAAUACUUACAUUGACAUACAAUUAAAUUUUUCUGAAAGAUUGAUA